GGAAAAGACCGUAGACAGAGCUAGCCUAGCUAGCUAGCCGUUUAUUUAUGGAGAAUAAAUGUUUUAACUAGCCAAGCGAUAACGGUAAUCCAUCGAAGGGAUGUCUGCCUCCAGGACGAUUGUGCUCUUUGCGAUUCUGUCCCUGUCCCUUUUCUGUUAUGCAUCAAUGAAAAGUUCCAACAUGGGAGUGAAAGGGGCGCUGCUGUUGGCAGGUCGAGGUCUUUUCCUUUUGUGUCUGUCCAGCUGGCUGGUGUCAGUUUUAUAUCCCUGGAUUAGAUCCUCCUCUCCUACCCCUCGUACACACCCUGAAGUUCCUGAGGAAGAGGUGAAACGGAAGCAAGAGCUGGCCAGGAAAGAGCAACAAGAGAAACACUCCGAGAAGGCAUCUUCAUACCAGGAGUCUGUGCUGAAGCCUCGUCAGGAGUUCAGGUUGAGGAAGAAGGAGGAGCACUUCUACCGCAUGACUGGGGAGGCCUGGAAGCUGACCCAGGGCCAGCCACUGGGGGAGGGAGAGACAUCUGAACAACACUCAGAGGAGGAGGAGGAGGCGGAGGAAGGGGACAACGAAACCCCAAAUCAGAAGGCCGUGAGGAGGAGAAAGCUGCCGGAGAGUGCCACCAGAGCCCCUCCCCCUCCUGACCCUCCUCAGCCAAAGAGGGUUGUGGUUUUACCAGACGAACCACCAGAAGAUGCUGAGGGGGUUGUGAGGGUGGCCUUGAGAUGCCCCAGUGGAAGAACAGUCCGGAGGAAGUUCCUCAAAUCGCACAACUCGUUGGUUCUGGUGGACUGGCUUCUGAAGACUGGAUACCAUCCUGCGAUCUACACAAUCUGCACCUCCUACCCACGCACACCCCUUCAAAUGGGGAAGGACUUGACCCUUGAGGAUGCUGGUAUUAGGAUGGACACAGUCCUCAAUGUGGAAGAGAAAGACCCAUCCAUGACUUGAACAGGCAUCGCCUUUAGACCACAUUCCUCAAGCGCUAAAGAAUUCAGGAUGCAGACGCCUUACAAAGACACACCGGAGAAGGCAGAUUGGGAAUAUUUAUGCCAAUAGUCACCAGCUGGAAAAUGGCACCCAGUAUAUAUGCUGCAAAUAAGAACCAAGUUCUCUGGACAGCUCCUGACAAAUAUUUCUUUGCUGUUUUUCUCUAACAUAGAACGCA